AUGUGGUUUUCGCAGGUGUUUAUACCAAACAUUGGUCCCAAACGUCCCCAACUCCUCAUCCUAGAUUCCCAACCUUCACAUGAGGUUCUUGGUCUUCUUCAGGAGGCAGUCAGAGAAAACAUCAUCAUUCUGGCUAUGCCUCCUCACACCUCUCAUCAUCUUCAACCUCUGGACAAAUGCGUCUUUGGUCCAUUUUCCCAUGCCUAUGACAAGGCGUGUACUGACCUCCUUUCAGAACACCCAGACCUGUUGAUAAACAAGACAACAUGGCCAAGAGUUUUCAACACAGCCUAUACAGCAGCCUUCACCAAGGAGAACAUAGUCAGUGGGUUCAGAGCUACAGGAAUAUGGCCUCCAAAUCCUUCUGCUAUCCCUGAGAGUGCUUUUGCCCCUUCUCUUCUUUAUGACAAAGCACAAGAUCGCUCUUCCUCUUCUACCAUCUCCUCUUCUGCAGUUUCUAAUACCUCUGUUUUACAGCUUCUAACAGAUUCUGAGAUGCCUCCCAGCUUGACUGAGUCUCCUACCUUCAAAGAGCCAAUCAGCUAUGCAGUUCCUUCUGAGGCUUUCGAUGACUCCAAUUCUGACCUGAAUCUCUCUCUACUGGCAGAUGCUGCAGAAAUGCACCCAGAGGUUGGUGCCGAUGCACCAGAGAUCGACUUGCCUACACCUGAUGUCCUUUCCCUUCUGACAUCUUUGGGAAAUGGAAAUUUCAUCUUGACAGAGGAAGAGCCAGUUCAAUCUUCUUCAUGGAACCAGGAGGUUGAGAGCAUCUUCUGCAUUCCUACUUCCAGUGCUAAAAAAACAAAAAGCGGCACGACAAAUAGAUCGAUUACAUCACAUAGAGUAUUGACAAGUGAAGAAGUUAUAACAAGUAAACAAGAGAAAUUGGCUGAAAAGGAAAGGAAAGAAAAGCUCAGGGAAGAAAGAAGGAUGAAAAAAAUGAAGAAUUCAACUUAA